CUUCCCUCCUUCCCACUCUUCCCAACACAAACUCCACUUUCCUCGCUCACGCCAACAACGCCGCUCCCCUCCCGCCGCCGCCGGCAGCUCGGUCGAUCCAUCCAGACAGCCAUGGGGUCCACCGCCGCCGACAUGGCCGCUGUCGCGGACGAGGAGGCGUGCAUGUACGCGAUGCAGCUGGCGUCGUCCUCCAUCCUGCCCAUGACGCUCAAGAACGCCAUCGAGCUGGGCCUGCUCGAGGUCCUGGAGGCCGCCCGCAAGGGUGGGGAUGCAGCGGCGCUGGCACCCGAGGAGGUGGUGGCGCGGCUGCCUGUCGCGCCCAAGAACCCCGACGCGCCGGUCAUGGUGGACCGCAUGCUGCGGCUGCUGGCCUCCUACAACGUGGUGAAGUGCGAAAUGGAGGAGGGCAAGGACGGCAAGCUGUCGCGGCGGUACGGCGCCGCGCCGGUGUGCAAGUGGCUCACGCCCAACGAGGACGGCGUCUCCAUGGCCGCGCUCGCUCUCAUGAACCAGGACAAGGUCCUCAUGGAGAGCUGGUACUAUUUGAAGGACGCGGUGGUCGACGGCGGCAUCCCGUUCAACAAGGCGUACGGCAUGACGGCGUUCGAGUACCACGGCACGGACCCGCGCUUCAACCGCGUGUUCAACGAGGGCAUGAAGAACCACUCCAUCAUCAUCACCAAGAAGCUCCUUGAGUUCUACACCGGCUUCGAGGGCGUCGGCACCCUGGUCGACGUCGGUGGCGGCAUCGGCGCCACCCUCCACGCCAUCACCUCCCACCACUCGCACAUCAAGGGGAUCAACUUCGACCUCCCCCACGUCAUCUCCGAGGCGCCGCCGUUCCCGGGCGUGCAGCACGUCGGCGGGGACAUGUUCCAGUCGGUCCCCACCGGCGACGCCAUCCUCAUGAAGUGGAUCCUCCACGACUGGAGCGACGCCCACUGCGCGAGGCUGCUCAAGAACUGCUACGACGCGCUCCCGGCGCACGGCAAGGUGAUUAUCGUCGAGUGCAUCCUGCCCGUGAACCCGGAGGCCACGCCCAAGGCGCAGGGCGUGUUCCACGUCGACAUGAUCAUGCUCGCGCACAACCCCGGCGGCAAGGAGCGGUACGAGAGGGAGUUCGAGGAGCUCGCACGCGGCGCUGGGUUCGCCGGCGUCAAGGCCACCUACAUCUACGCCAACGCCUGGGCCAUCGAGUUCACCAAGUAAAUACGUGCCUCCUUGCAUUGUUGCGAGGAGAUGAGAGGUCGUCGUCCUCGUCGUCUUCUUGCUGCUGCUGCUGCUGCUGUACUUUUGCUUAAUUUGCUUUCUCCUGCUGCUGGCCUUCAGCAUUAUCAUCUUCGUCUCGAGCUCGAUCGAUCUUGUUGUGAAUUCUAAUGGUUGUACGUGUUGAGUUGUCUACCAUUAAUAAUGACCAAGGUUAUAUGUAAUAUAAUGACAUGAUUUCUCUC